AUACCCGGAAGUAAAGCCGCUGUCAUUCGGAUGUUUGGAUGGUUUGUUUUCAAUGCCAAUGGACGAUGUUUGUCACUGUUUAGCAGCUAAAUCAUGAAAUAUCUCACCUCUCGUUAAUGGAAAAAUUAACUUUUACUCUGCUUUCCGGUCACAGACAACGACAGUGACUGACAACGACCGGAGUUAAGUAACGGCAUGAAUUCAUAGCAUAGAAGGUUGUUUUUACUGUAUCAGUUUGAUGUGGAGUCAAUCCAGGUUGCCUCUUUUUUCUUUUUAAGUUAGUCUUUUAAAACCUCGUGGAUGUACACUUUUCCUAAUUUGAGGAAGCAGGCUUCACUGAUGUCUUCACAGAAGGGUGUUUCGCAACAGAAGCCAAGCACAUGUGGACCAAUUCAGCUUCUGGACUGAUCUAACAGACAGUUUCUUCAAGAUGACAGCUAUGGCCUUUGGAGCAAGAGCAGUCCUCCUAAACCUGAGGUACACUAUCCAGAGAGCUGGGUGCUUUACAAGGACAAGACUCCUCCAAAACUCCAGGACAUGUUUGAAUAAAAGAGGGCAGAUUUUAACCCAGGUACCUAAAGUUACAUUGCUGUUUGUGGGAGCAGUCAAUGCAUCAUGCUGUGCAGCAAGAUGCCAAGAAGCAGUUCUUCCAUCUCAAACCACAGAAAGAAAGUCUGUAGCAAGAGUCCAAGUGCACAAACUUAUAUUUUUCCUCCGCCUCAGCCUUCGUGCAUUGGUGCUGCUCCUUAAAUUUGGUCCCCUGGUUCUCCUUUCGCCUUUGACUCUGGUGUCUGCUCGCUGGUCGUCCCGCUGGAUGGGCGCCCUACUCUGGGUGACUGAAGCAUCUGGUCCCACUUUCAUCAAGCUAGGUCAGUGGGCCAGCACCAGGCGGGACAUCUUCCCUCAGGAGUUUUGUGACCGAUUCUCCAAACUCCACGUAAAGGUGCCCCCUCACCCCUGGUCCCACACCAAGCAGUGUCUCCGGAGGGCCUUUGGGGAAGGCUGGAGGAGGGUGUUGAUGUUUGAGAGCAAAGAGCCUGUGGGUUCAGGAUGUGUGGCGCAGGUGUACAGAGGCUGGGCCAAGGCAGACCAGGUGGAGGACCCAGCCUUCCAGUUGCUGGUGGAGCAGAUGGAGAAAGAGGACUUGCUAGAAGCUUGGGAGAUCCCUGGUCUGCGAGGGGUGGCGAGGUCUCUGAGGAAGCUUUGGAGAAGGGGUAAGGAGGAGGAGGGCUAUGAAGAGAGAAGACACUGGGAAAUGUGGCAUGAGGAGAAGGAGCAUCUGAUACCUGUGGCUAUCAAGGUGGUGCAUCCAGGCGUCAGGAGGCAGGUGGAGAUUGACCUACUCCUGAUGAAAGGAGGCAGUUGGCUCCUUCACUGUCUGCCUGGACUGAAGUGGCUCAGUUUGUGUGAGAUAGUGGAUGAGUUUGAGAAGCUCAUGACCAAACAGAUUGAUCUCCGUUUCGAGGCAAAAAACAUCGAGCGUUUCCGGGAGAAUUUCCGUGACGUGAAUUAUGUCAAAUUCCCAACUCCAUUACGACCAUUUGUCACCAGGACCAUCUUAGUGGAAACUUUUGAGGAGAGUGAACCGAUAUCCAACUACCUGAGCUCUGAGAUUCCUCAGGAGGUGAAGCAGAGGAUUGCCAGGAUGGGAGUAGACACCAUGCUUAAAAUGGUUUUUAUUGAUAACUUUGUCCACGGUGAUCUCCAUCCUGGGAACAUUCUGGUCCAGCAUUUGGGACCUCCUCCUGGUUCCAGCGACAGUACAGAGGGGGCCCAUGGGAAGACCACCCUCACUGACUUGUGGGACACGGUGGUGGUCAGCGUCAGGCCAGAGCCGUAUCCUCUCCAGUUGGUGCUGCUGGAUGCUGGCAUCGUAGCUAAACUCAGUGACCACGAUCUUGCCAACUUCAAGGCGGUCUUCACGGCUGUGGUGCUACGACAGGGUGAGCGAGUGGCAGAGUUGAUCCUGAAUCAUGCUCGGGCUAAUGACUGUCAGGACGUCCCACAGUUUAAGAAGGAGAUGGCCGAGCUGGUGGAUCACGCCCUCAGUAACACCCUCUCUCUGGGGAAGAUCCAAGUGGGUGACUUGCUCUCCAGAGUUUUUGGUCUGCUCAUCAAACACAAGGUGAAGCUGGAGAGUAAUUUUGCAUCCAUUGUUUUUGCCAUCAUGGUGCUGGAGGGUCUGGGCAGGUCACUCGAUCCGAACUUGGACAUCCUGGAUUUGGCCAAACCACUGCUGCUAAAGAACUGUGCCUCACUGCUCUGACACACACACACACACACAGACAGCUUAAAUACAGCAGAUCACACAGACAUGCAUCUUUAACUGUAAGAUUACAUACACAGAUAAGACAUUCAUUUGGUUACUCCUCUCAGCAGCGUUUGUGCAAUAUAUCCAAAAAUAUGUCUUGUAUGCAGCAGCUCCACUUAUAAACUCACAGGAGUGAUGUAAGGUACGACAGGAAGCUUCAGGUCUCCUGGAGUCCAUUCUUCAACAGGUCAAAGCUAUUCUGCAGACUUACACAGCAUCAGGCAGUUGAUAUUUAGUGUUGUGGCUAAUAGGUGUGAAGUAGAUCCAUAGAUACAUUACACCUCCUAAGGCCAUGAUUAUAAGAUAUCUAGAUGUUUACAGUGAUAGAUUGAGCUUUGGGUAUAAAACUCUGCCACAUCACUUAAUUUUAGCAACAUAGACGCCACACAUACCUCUUGAGUUUUACAUUUGUGCUGAUUCCACUUUUACCACCAGUAUCUUGACUUCUAUUUCCUGUCUGGUUGUAGCACAAACAUUUCACCCACCAAAAUCAACUUCGAGUAAACAUGCUGUACGAGAGGCACCACUUGUUUAUUGAGUGCUAAUGGAGUCAGACACGUUGGCAGACACACACACGACAUCAGAGAGCAUUUGUAGUGAUUUAAGAUCUAAAAGAAAAAAACUGCCAAAAUCCCAAGUGGAUACUCAAAAAGCAUAUUUACUUUUUAAUGACUAAUAUUGAUCUCAGGAUGUGUUUUAUCACUCUGUUUUUUUAUUGCAUCUAAGUCUAAUGGACCACAUUUGCUUUAGUGUGUGAAUCACAAUGUACUGUAACAAAAGUUCUCUCACACUACAUCAUCGAUGAAGCCUUUGGAUAAUCUCACUCACAUCGGACCUCCUCUUUUAACCUCUCAUUACCUGAGUUAGAACACUUUUAUGUUUUGAACAUUUCAAUAAAGAAAUCAAUCUUA